CAUUAAAGCAUGGAGACAUGUCACAGUAGAGACACACAUAUGAACCUAAAAAUGAGCGUAAUAGGGCCCCUUUAACACGAAUGCAUGUUAUAUACAUACAUGCACAUGCACCCAAUCAGCAUAUAAGCAUCAGGCAUUGUACAGACUAGUGUUGCUGUAAUGGCAGCAGAUAAUGAUGUGGAAGGGUUUUCCUGUGAAGCACUCAGGGAUUUAGUCUCUCUAAUGGAAAUGGAACAGAAACCACCGAGAGGAUGUGACCCCUUCCUCUGUGCACCGCUGCUGAUGCUGACUGCUGCUCUGCCUCUGCAACGUAUGGUAUGUUCUAGAUGGAAACAUUCAAAAGCAUGGAUAUGCUCUUAUUCAGUAUGACUUUCUGCAUGUAGGCUAUACUUUCCCCCUGUGCACAUUUAGUUGAUUUCAUGCUUGUUGAAUGCGCUCUGCUGUCAGUGGAACUGAGGCUGGUUUGUUUGUGUGUGCUUGAAGAGAAACAAAUCAAGUUGCCCUUCAUUUCCUUUUUAUACGAAUGAUUGACUGCUUUGUAUUAAAGUGAGUGGAAACAGUUCCUCUGGUGUGUGUUCAUUUCUGUUUUGCUUCAGGCUGCAUUCCCGUCCCUGUCACGCGACACAGACAGGUGGUUAAAAAACGAGAACAGCAGGGCUUUGGUCCAUAGAGCUGUUGAGGGAAGCGUUUAAAGAGGAAUGUAUACAUGAACAGAGAAGGAGAAGUAGAGUGAAGCUGUAACUGUACAACUGGGGCUGUGCCUUUGUUUUUAGUGACAGUAAAGCAGGGACUUCCCUUUGGAGGGAUGUGGUGAGUGAAGUGAAAUACUGUAGGAGGAGUCUGGAGAGAGGCAGCCAAAGGGAGGGGCAGGAACAGGCUUGUCUUCAGCUGAGAAAGGAAAUAACAACUCUUUCACUCUGUCCACAUCUCGUGGAGUGUGCCAUUCCCGCUGACACCAUGGAUAACUUCCAGACCGUCCUGCGGUUCUUCAUGAACCAGAAGGCCACCAUUGGCUACAGCUUCAUGGCUCUGCUGACUAUAGGCGGGGAGCGUGUUUUCUCCAUGAUUUCCUUUCAGUGUCCGUGCAACCAUGAUCAGAACUUUGCCUAUGGGCUGACUUUCCUGUUGGGCCCGGCUGGCGUGCUGCUGAUUUUAGGUCUCUUCUUCAGCACCAGGCUGUGGAGGCUGUAUACCGGCUGCUGCCUGAACCCCAUGAAGCUGUGCCCCCGGGGGAACUGCUUUGGCUCACUCAGGGUUUUUAUGAAUAUCUUCAGUGGAGCCUGUGUGGCUCCUAUUAUGUGGCUCUGUGUGGCCCUGCUCAAUGGGACCUUUUAUGAGUGUGCUGUCAGCGGUCUGGACGAUAACCUGGUGGUGGAUCUGUUCUGUAAAAACAAGACUCUGAAGUGUCGGGAGGAGCUGGCCCGGGUGCCCUGCGACCGCUCCAAACUUACUGCUGAUGAGCGGAUGGAGCUGCUGCUCAUGUUCCGAGCCCAGUCACAGAUCCUCGGUUGGUGCAUCAUCAUAAUUUCUGCAUUCGUGGGCCUCCUGGGUACCUGCUACACAAACUGUCGCUCCAAAGUCAGCUACCUGCAGCUCACAUUCUGGAAACGCUAUGUGGAGAAAGAGAAGGAGUGCUUCGAUACCUUUGCUGCGGAUUACGCAAACAAACUGGCCGAAAGAAACCUGCAAAGCUUCUUCGAGAACAACGACCCUGUUCCGUUCCCUUUCCCCAAUCACAGGGCAUGGGAGGAGAUCUCUGCACUGCACACCUUCUCCAGGAGCGAGCAGUAUUACAGCACCCUGCAGCGCUACGUGGAGAGGACAGACAGGGACUUCACGCCAGAGAAGAGACCUGUGUUGGACGUUGAGCAUGGAAUAGAAAUGCACUGACUGUGGGGACACUGUUAGCUAAUAACCACUGUUUGUAUUUAACUCUCAGUGUAUUGUAUGUGUGGUCUGACUCAGGAAAAGCUUCCUCCUCACUGACAAUGCUGCCACUUACUUUGUUGCACAAAACAAUGUGACCAAAUUGCAAUGCUACUAUAUCUUCCCUAAACACAUGAAGGGCAUAACCACUAUCGUAUAGGCCCUAGCUAUUUCACACUGCAUGCAUUGUGAGGUGUUCUAUUUCAAUCUAAUAAACACACUUACAGGAACAUCGGAAAACACUGAGGUCAUGUCCUGGCAGGGUUGGGAGUUUUUUAUUUAUUUAUGUCUUCUGUUACAACUACUAGUUACCUGUAUAUAUAUAAUCAGUAAGUAAUCUGAGCAUCACAAUAUAAAAGUAAUGCAACUUUCUGUCACUUUUUUAAUACCUCAAUAUCAAAUGCAAUGCAAAUAAAUACGUGAGAAAAUAUGUUUUUUGUAAGAAGUGUAUGUAAGACAACAGAACAAUGUAACCUUAGAAAAGAAGUAACCAAGAUAUUUAGUAUAAAAAAUGAUUGUAUUUACAGAAAAACCUGCCUUUCAUUCAGCAUAUUCAGGCAGUAGCCUAUAUAUCAACAAUGAGCAGCACAUACUACAGUUUCAUUUCAGGGGUAAAAACUAGCGCUUACUCAGCCACCCCCCCUCAGAUUUUAUAUGGGAAGUGCCCAUGCAGUGGAUGUGACUAGCAACACUUACAGUAAUAAAUACUGACAGCAGGGCAAGACUGUGUUAUACACGCUGCACACACUCUACUGAACACACUCUGUUAGUUUGGUUCAGUUGAGGUCGAUGAGGUCGUUUUGCAGCCAGUUGUUUACAAAGAUUGUACAAGUUAAUCCACCAAACAUAUUUAUAUAAUUAUUAUACAACUGCAAAACUCUGUAUAACAAGGAUGGUACACUAACCUCGCUUUAUCAGAUCCUAACCUUUUGUAGCAUUAAUACGAACACGUAUUUCCAACCAUGAAACAUUUGUAAAGUGUAUUAUUAUAUCCUGUAUUUUUUACAUUACUCAGCAAUUUCCUCUUUUCUUGCCUAUUAAAAUCCUGGCAUGUGUUGUCUCUGUAGCAGUUUA